GUUUAAUCAAAUAUGACAACCGAAUAAUUAAGUUCUAGUAAGAAAACAUGGGCUCAAUUGGCUGAAGAAGAAGACGAUGAAAUUGAAAAUUGUUAAUUCACAACUAAUUCAGAAACUCUAGACAAAAACGAGAUUCCUUCUUAACUAUCUUUAACAAAAUCUAUAUCAGAAUUUUAACCUAAGACAAGAAGUGAUAGAUAAAAAAAUAAUAAAUAAAGAGACAAUGAUAAUAAUGGUUUAAAAAAUUAUAGACAAAAUAAUACAAAUUAGAACAAAGGAAAUAAUAGACAUAAUAAUAGAUAAAAUAAAAGUAAUCAAAAUCUAAUUAUAUAGGUCAAUAUGAUGAAACAUAUGAUGCUUUGUUUGAAACAACAAAUUAAGAAAUACUUUUAAAAGUUAAGCCUUAAAAUAAAAAUGAUAAUUUAGAAGCUGUUAAAGAAUAUUUUGAAAAACAAUAUUAAAAUAUUAAGGCAUUUCUAAGAAAUGAUAUAAACUAGAUUGAUUUAUUAAUUUCUCCCAAAAUUGGAUUGUUGAUAUUAGAAGAUCAUAAAUUUAAAGUAUUAUUUUUUUAAUUAAUUAAGAUCCAUAUUGCUGAUUCUAACUUAUCAAUUUACUAUCCCUAAUAUCCUAAUGAACCAUUAUCUGAUUAUUAUGCAAAAAAAAAAUAUUUAGAUAAAAAAGUAACAUCAUCUGGUCCUUUAUUUUAAAGAAGUGCAAUGAGUUCUAAAGUGAGUAAUUCAUAAUAAGAUUGUAAUGAUAAAUCCGAUAAUGGUAGCAAAUAAGAUUUUUAAAGUAUUGACAAAGUUCAAAAUGAUCAAAAUUAUAUAUAUAAAUAAAAAGACAACAUUUAAGAUGUGUAAGAUUAAGAAUAAGAAUAAGAAAUAAACGAUCGAUAAAACAAAUAAAUAUAUGAAAAGAAAGACUUUAAUAAAUAAUAAAAUUAAAAAUUUAGAAAGUAUAACAAUAAUUAUAAUGAAUAAUAUGAUUAUGAUGAGGAUUACAGAGAAUACAAAGAAGAAAAACAAUCCAAUUAUAAAUCUCAUAAAUAUCGAAAUGAAUAACAUUCAGCAAAAGAUCCUUAUCAAAAUUAAAAAUAUUAUUCAAAUGCAGAUUACGAAUAUACAGAAAAAUAAACAUCUGAUAAAAAUAAAGUUUUUUAUGAAGAAAAAGAAUCGCAUAAAGAUUAUAGAAACAAUUAAAACUAUCAAAAUUAUAAUAAUACUAAUAAUAAUAAUAAUAAUCACUACAAUUAAAAAAGAUCUUAUAAGGGAAAUACAAAAUAAAAAAAUGAUUAAUAUGUAAUUUAUGAAGUGAAGUAAAAGUCAGAUUAUGAAGAAGCAUCAAAUAAUUUGAAUAUAACUAAUGAUGACCAUUUUGAAGAGGCAGCUCAAGUUUCUUAAAAUAUUAAUUAAACUAUUUAUAAUUCAAAUGAGAAUGAAGAAAAAAAUGAAGAUAUUCAUUUAGAUAGUGAUAAUGAUCAAGGAGAAGAAUAGGUUGAAGAAACUAAAUCUCCAAAUAAAAAUAAAAAGAAAAAGAAAAAUAAAAAAAAUUAGAAAGUAGUAUUUUAUCUUAUAUUUUUAGGCUUUAAAACCAAACGACACUAACUUUUUUGGGAUACUACAAAGUGUAACAAAGUGA